ACUCACCGCAUAGACGGAUAUAUGUUUUUGAUAGCAAAGAUAUCAUACAUUUGUAUAGUAAAUCACUCUGUCGUGAUAAUUGUAUACACUAUCUGUUACGUGAACCUAACACAACACAAACAAUGUGUGUGCAUUCUUUUAAACAGCUUUCUGUUAUUGACUUUUCGAGUGGAUUAGAUAUUAUAUCAUCGGGGUAGACGAGGUCUUUGUUGAUAUAAGGUUAUUCAAAUUAAGAAUAAAAAAUAAAGUAAAGGGAAUAGGAAUAAGGAAGCAAUAAUACAUAUCUUCCGGGUUGACAAAUGUAACACGUUAUGGCGACUGAAGGAAAUAUUAGGUAUUUGCAAUAUAUUCUGCUACUAGGUGAAGGAUCAUCACUUGUCUUGCAAGGAAUUGCUAACAGAGAGGCAAGAAAAAGACAGAAACCUUUGGAAACAGUUCUUGAAGAAAACAGACCUUUGUUACAAAACAAAUUUCGAGAUGAAUUGCUAUUCAAACGGAUUUUUGCAACAAAUGGAUCAGUCAAUGCAGAUAUGAACACAUGGGAUAUAACGCUUCUCACAGGAGUAAAUUUGACUUUGUUUAAAUCAACCUUGACUUGGAAUGAAAAGGCUUCUAUCCGUUUUCUCAAGGAUAUGAGGAAUGAAUUGCUUGCACAUGCCUCAACGAUGUCUUUAGAAAAUGAAGACUUCCAGUCAUUAUGGUUAGAACUAUCAACGACAUUGACAACUCUUGCCGCCAAACUUCCACAAGAAAUUCAAGACAAAUGUAACGAACGCAUAACCGAGCUUAGCAAAGGCUUAGGAAAUUUAAAGUCAACAAAGGAAAAGAUAAAAAUGAUUGCACAAAAUGAUGACUACUUCGUUCAAGCCCUAGAGUUAAUCGUUGAGAAACUAGAUAAAGGAGUAUGUCAUGUGACAGAUGUCAUACACGGCGAGGUUGCUGUAGUAAGAGAAGAAAUGAGUAAAAACAAAGCUGAACUCGAAUGCAAGAUUCAGACUUCUUCCGAAGAAAUGCACGAACAUGUUGAACGAAAAUCUUCUGAAAUCAAGGAGACAAUGCAGUCAAAAGUUCAGGAAUUGAACUAUUCUCUUAAUCAAGGGUAUGGUGACGUAAAACAAAGUACAAGUGACAUUAAAGAAGGAAUAAAUGAUGCAAACAGACGCUUAGAUAACGUUCAUGGUGAGGUUUCGGACAUACAUGAGACUGUAUGUGCCAUUGGUGGAAAGAUUGACGAGGCAAAAGAAACUCUUUCCCAAGAAAUUACCACUGUAAAAGAUCACGUACAAAGUUCAGUUCAAGGUGUAGAAAAAAAGAUGGAAGAAAUGUGUGAUCUUAUAAAGUCGUUACUGAGAGAAGGAAAGGAGUUCCGAUCACCACAAGUCAUUGGUGCGGCAGUUGAUGUGGAGGGACCAGAUGAGGAUGUUACUUCGGAAGCAGAAGAACAGUUGUUUAAAGAAUUUGAAAAAGCAAGAGCUAGCGCACUAGCCAUAGCUAAAAAGGCUAAAACAUCGGAUGACCCAAGAGCGAUAGAAGAACUGGGAAAGGUUGUUAGGCAAUUUUUGGAAAAGAUUGAAAACAUAGAAGACGUAAUAACAGAUGAGGUUCAUAGACACUGUAUUAUGCUAAAGAUGAGGUGCAAUACCGGUGUAGGAAUGCUGGAGCUUUUGACUUUAUUCGCAAGCAGCGGAAUUCAAGAAAAUCUUGAGGAAAUAGGAAACGUUCUAACUCGUCAUUAUGGAAAGAAGUUCAGUGUCACUGCAAGAGUUGUUCCAGAAAGUGUGCAGAAAGCCAUUGAUCAUCUUUUGUCUGGUACAGUGUCACCUGUAAAGAGAACUAUGAAUAUACCUAUUCGUUGCAAAACAUUAGCCGGCAUGGCCCAAGUUUGCGAAUUGUUCGCUGCAGAAGAAACUGCUUCCUGUUUUGAUUAUAUGUCAACUGCUUUGUCCAAAAAACUUGGAAGAAAAGUUACAGUAAAGGCCUCAUUGAAUAUCGCAGAAGUGAAGAAAGCACUGACAAAUACUGACGUGAAUGAACCCUCAACAUUGAAUAAAGAGAUAUCAAACAAAAUGAUAGAAACUCCGAGAUUAAAAGAGGGUGACGACUCCAUAUCAGAAGCGGCUGAAGGCUUCACGACAAGACGUAUGCCAUACCGCCUUAAAUCUUAUAAACAAAUCAGUGUACGGUUAAACGAUGACAAACAUGUAUGUAGUGUGUACGGAUGUUGCUGCUUGCCUGAUGGAAACUUUCUGUUAGCUGAUUAUUCUAACUGGAAGUUGAAGAGGUUAAACAGAAUGUAUGAGGUUGUGGAUUACUGUGUUCUACCGGCAAAGCCAUGGGACGUUUGUUACAUAGGUAACGGCGAGGCUGCUGUUUCGCUAAAUAACAAUGCCGUACAGUUUGUGAAUGUAGAUGGGCAGAUGUCUCACACAAGGGUGGUCAAGUGUGCACAUUCUUGUUGGGGUAUCACCGGUCAUGGAGAUCGUAUGUACAUAAAAGGGGGAGCAUCAGUAUUUAGUUAUGACCAGUCAGGAGAGGACAAACGGAUUUUGUUUACGGACCCAUCCGGUGAAUCGUCAUUCCGCAAAAUUGAAGCAAACCAAGACGGUUCUAAAAUAUAUAUCACCGAUGAUACCGCUUCUUUCAAUGUUAUUGAUGAGAAUGGAAAAAUAAUCGGUACAUUUACUGACCCCAGUCAAAAAGGAACCACUGAUGUUUGUUUGGAUGGAGAAGGGAAUGUGUAUGUUUGUAGCGAAAAAUCUUCGUCAAUCGUGCAGGUCGAUGCAGAGAAUUUAGAAAAUAUGUCACAUAUAAUUACACCUUCGGACGGGGCGCGUGGUCCUUGGUGUAUUUGCUUUGAUAGAAGUAGAAAUGCAGUGAUAAUUGGACAUCUCAGAAGUGAUUCGAUUACUGUUGCUGAUGUUGAAAUGUAAAACUGUUCAAUGCAUAUUGAGAGAUUAACUAGUUUUUUUACAAAUUCUUGCCUUGAGAAUGAACGUAAGCUUAAAGCUAAUAAACUCUGAACAAACUUGCCCAAAUGGAACUAAAUUGUUUUAUAAGUAGAAAUUUAGAGAAAGUUUACAUUUAGAAUGACCUUAAAAAAUUACGACACAAUUCAAUAGCAGAAUCUUUAUAUUGUGAAUUUUUAUAUAUUUAUUCGAGAACGCAUCCUUUGAAUGUGGCUUUUUUGUUUGAUGCAAGAGAAAUUUUGUUUCUAAGAACUUAUAUGAUAUAAAAAAAAUACUGAAUACAAAACGCUGUAUCAGGGACGGAAUUUUCCUUAAAUAUAGCCUGUUAAAACUUUUAUGUGCUCUCAAAGAGAUUUGUAACAGUAAUUGCAUAGUAGGGAAUACGUUCUGGAUUGUGAGCUGAACUAAACUAUAGAUAUAUCUAAUUUUCUGUAGCACGCUAGACUGUGGAUGCGGUAGGGACAGUUUUUAUGAAUAUACUUUAAAUCCGGCACAUUUCAGCGCGUAUUCUCUACACUGUUAUCGAUCAAUAUAGAUUAAAGGACAACCGAUAUUUAUGGAAAUCAGUUUUGUGUUAUGUGCCUUGUCAAAAAACGUUACAUUACAUACAGUGUUCAGUUAGUUACUUUAAUAAAAUUGAAUUACUUCAGAACUCAUAUCUGACAAAAUGACAAGGUGUGCCAGAAAACGAAAUAAAGAAAACUUUAAUAGGAAACCUAUGUCAUGACAUAAAUUAUUUCAAAUAAAAACCUGAUUAUAGAACCAUUGUUAUCAAAAAUAUACUAUUAGAUAGAUAUUGAUAACUCCCAAUUUUGCAAUCAAAACUAUCAAGUACAUGAACGUCAUUAUAGGGAAUUCAUAAUACAAGCAUUUAGUUGGCUUCAGUAUCCCAACAAAUGAAAGAUAUGAGUGUCGAAGAAAGUUUUGAAAGGUCUUACAGAUGUAAAGGCAAAUUCAGUAGCAGUGUCAUACAGUAUAAGUAUUCUAGAAAUAAUUGGAACUGAAUCACUGGUAAAAUAAGACAGUCAUCUGUAACUAAAAUAUUGUUGAAAACCGAUGUUGAGCCCAACCAACCAGCCAGCAGUAAUCAAACAGACAAAUAAAUGUUUAGAAUAACAGAUACCUAAAUUCUCUAUGUGUGUAAGUUCCUUUCUAGGAAUCGGUUUAGUUACGUUAUCGCCAUGUUAUGUUUAAACAUUCAGCUAUCUUAUGACUUUGUCUCAGAGCUUUAGAUCAUUGGUAUUAGCUCAAACUUGUUAGAUUAAUGUUUUUCAAUUUCUCUGUCAGCAGCUUCCGUCUGGAUUUCAGUAUCACGUAGCCCCUUUCCUAUGCCAAAUUGCAUCUGCUUCAUAUCUGUCAGUUUGGUAGCCAUCUGUAAAAAAUAAAAGAUUAAGAUAGAUUUCCCGCAAGCACAGAUCACCCACCAAACACAUCCAGAGAACCAUGCAUCGCAAAGUAGACUAACAGCAAAAAGAAACUCCAAUAGAAAGAUAUAGCAGACAGGUUGCUUCAAAAAUCCAACGACAAAUGUAAGACUAACAUGGUAUUUGCUUCAUAUUUGUCCGUUCGAUAGCCCUUUGUUGUCUCUUAUUACAGUUUCUUUAUAUCUGUCAGUUUGUUAACCAUUUUCAUAUCUGUCAGUUCGUUAGCCCUUUUCAUAUCUGUCAGUUCGUUAGCCCUUUGUAAGUCUCAUCUUGCAUCUGCUUCGUAUCUACAACUCCGGUAGUCCUUUGAAAUUCUUCUCGUCUUGCAUGUGAUUUAUAUCUGUAAGUUCGUACGCUCUUUGUAAGAUCAAUAAACUGGCUGGUUUUUGUUUGAAUCACGCAAUACGUAAAUCUUAAGAUUGAUAAAACCUAUUUUGGAAGCAAAUUUUGAAAAUAUGGUGCUCGUAACUUAAACAAAUAAAAGAUACAUAAUUUGACGACUUUUACAUUCUCUUAUAUGACGCAAUGGUAACUUACAACGUCCUACAGUAUUCUUGAACAGCCUGUAUUCUUGAUACGAAAUUGAUUUAUACGGUAUAAAUGGUCAUUUUACAGUAUAGUUGAACUGAUUAGUUUCUAUGGUAUACGAAUUAAAAAUACAAAAUGUACCAUACCUCUUACAUGGAAAGGUCAAAACAUAGGAAAAUAUAUUUGCAAUAUAUUUUUAAAUCUGUAUCUGAAACACCCAUAAACAAAAGCUAUCAGUGCACUGAUGUAUG